GUGCGCAACUGGGGCAGUCGGGAGGUAGGCGCGGGGCAGUCGGCUAAGGUGGCUGCGGUGGGAUGAUUGACUGUCGGCGGCGGGAGUAGCUCAAUGUGCUUCUCCAGUUCCUACCCUUCCUCAAGUGGGGAACUCAGGACUUCGGAUGGUCAGGCCCCAGGAUACUGUGGCAUAUGAGGACCUGUGUGUGGACUAUACUCAGAAGAAAUGGAAAUGUCCUGCACUCAGUCAGAGAGCCCUGCAGUGGAACAUGAUACCGGAAAAUGACCAUAGCAUGGCCUCCUUGGGUAGGAACAUGAUGGAGAGUUCGGAGUUGAUUCCGAAGCAGGAAAUUUUUAAAGGAUCAGAGUCAUCUAAUAGCACAUCAGGGGGACUCUUUGGGGUGGUUCCUGGGGCAGCAGAGAUUGGAGAUGUUUGUGAAGAUACCUUCAAGGAGUUAGAAGGACAUACCACAAAUGAAGAAGGGAGCAGACUAGAAAGUGAUUUCUUGGAAAUAACAGAUGAAGAUAAGAAAAAAUGCACAAAAGACAGAUAUGAGGAAUAUAAGGAAGUUGGGGAACAUCCACAUCUGUCUUCCAGUCCUGCUGAACAUGAAGGAGUUUUAAAGGGACAGAAAUCCUAUCGAUGUGAUGAAUGUGGCAAAGCUUUUUGUUGGAGUUCUCACCUUAUUGGCCAUCAGAGAAUCCACACUGGAGAGAAACCCUAUGAGUGUAAUGAGUGUGGGAAGACCUUCAGGCAAACCUCCCAGCUCAUUGUUCAUCUCAGAACCCACACAGGGGAAAAACCCUAUGAAUGCAGUGAGUGUGGAAAGGCGUAUAGGCACAGCUCCCAUCUCAUUCAACAUCAGAGACUUCAUAAUGGGGAGAAACCCUAUAAAUGUAAUGAAUGUGCAAAAGCUUUUAAUCAGAGCUCCAAACUCUUCGACCACCAGAGAACCCACACUGGGGAGAAACCUUAUGAAUGUAAGGAGUGUGGGGCAGCCUUUAGUCGCAGUAAAAAUCUUGUUCGACAUCAGGUUCUGCACACUGGUAAGAAACCUUAUAAGUGUGAUGAAUGUGGGAGAGCUUUCUGUUCCAAUAGAAAUCUCAUUGACCAUCAGAGAACCCACACUGGGGAGAAGCCUUAUAAAUGUAAUGAAUGUAGCAAAGCCUUCAGUCGGAGUAAAUGUCUUAUUCGACAUCAGAGCCUCCACACUGGGGAAAAGCCAUACAAAUGUAGUGAAUGUGGGAAAGCCUUCAAUCAGAUCUCUCAACUCGUUGAGCAUGAGCGAAUUCAUACUGGAGAAAAACCUUUUGAAUGUAGCGAGUGUGGUAAGGCAUUCGGUCUGAGUAAAUGUCUUAUUCGGCACCAGAGACUUCACACAGGUGAGAAGCCCUAUAAAUGCAAUGAGUGUGGAAAAUCCUUCAAUCAAAACUCAUACCUCAUUAUACACCAGAGAGUUCACACUGGUGAGAAACCCUAUGAAUGUCAUGAGUGUGGGAAGGGCUUCAGUUAUAAUUCUAGUCUUAUGGUACAUCAGAGAACCCAUACUGGGGAAAAACCCUAUAAAUGCAAUAGUUGUGAGAAAGCCUUUAGUGACAGCUCACAGCUUACUGUGCACCAGAGAGUCCACACUGGAGAGAAACCUUAUGAAUGUAUUGAGUGUGGGAAAGCCUUUAGUCAGCGUUCCACUUUUAAUCACCACCAGCGAACUCACACUAGAGAGAAGCCCUCAGGUCUGGCUUGGUCAUCAUCUUAAGGCGUGGUUCUCUGAGACAGAGAGCAAAGACCUUUGAGUUAAGCUUUCUUUAUAAGAAGGAUGUUGAUCAUGGUCUCCUUGGAGACCGCUAAUCACAGUGGGGACCAUACCCUACUUGCUUUUCCUUGGGUCACUAAGGUGGGAGAGUAGGUGCAAGUUAGUCUGAUCCUUACUUAGUAUUAGGAAAUUAGGGAUUACAUCUGUCAUUAACUUGUA